GGAAAUAAGUAUUGAAAAGAUGUCGGUUUAUAAUGACCUGAAUUGCACAACCAACAUAUUUAGAGAUUAUGAUAAUACGCUAACAACAAAAAUUGGGGACUUUCCAAAAAUGUGGAGCUUUUCAGAAAAUUUGGCUGAUAUUAAUGCGAGAAUUCACGCUGACAAAAGGAAUAUGUUAAUUAAAGAAAAAAAAAACUCGUUCAAAUGCCAAAAUUGUUAGUAAAAGAAUUGAGAACGGAUAUUAAACGUGCAUGGGAAGAUUUAAAUUCGACGACACUCACAAUUUCUGAAUUUUUAACAAGAACAGGAAAUAUAUUUUACAAAUUUACAAUUCAAUUUUUUGAAUAUAAGAUUCCAAGACAGGAAGUGAAUGUAGUAAAUGUUGAUGCUGAUGAUGAUCAAGAAAACGACCAAAAUGAUUUUGAGAUCAAUGUACCUGACGAUCCAUUGUUCGUAGAACCUGUGAACAGUAGACAAGAAUCACCGGUUAUUGAAGAUGCAGAUGCAAUCCCAGGUUCGUCACGUCUGGAUGUUGCUGAAAAUGCAGAUGCAGUUCCAGGUCCAUCACAUUCGAAUGCUACCGAAACCAAUUUGAUAUGCGUUAUAUGUUUCAAAAAUACCGCAAAUCAUUGCCUUAUAAAUUGUGGACAUAUACCAUACUGCGACGAAUGUUGGAAUAGACACAAACGCGCAAUAGUUGAUGACGACGAUUAUGAAUACGUAGACGGAGAUUACCAAAUUGUCAAUCCUUAUUCAAGAUUCUGUCCAAUAUGCAGAAAAAAAUAUGAUUAUAGAAAACAAUUUACAAAAAUAUAUUACAAUUAAUGAAUAAGAAGAACUGAAUUCUGAUACUAAAAUGUCCCUACUGAAAAUCCCUGUACAAGAUCUUGUACAAUUUCCUGUACAGGAUCAGCAACUGAAUUUGUACUAGUUCUGACCAGUUC